AUGUAUUUAGGAGACGAAUUUCCCAACUUUUCUGCGAAUACCACAGAUGGGAAAAUAGAUUUUCAUGAGUGGAUAGGGGACCAAUGGGCAGUAUUAUUUUCUCAUCCCUCGGACUUCACGCCGGUGUGCACCACAGAAUUAGCCCGGGUUGUGAAACUUUUGCCAGAAUUUUCAUCUCGCAAUGUUAAAGUAAUAGGUAUAUCCUGCGACUCUGUUUCUUCACAUGUUGAAUGGUGCAAAGACAUAAAGAGUUAUGCAGGAUGUAACGAGGAAGAGAAAUUUCCAUACCCAAUAAUAGAAGAUGAAGACCGUAGCAUUGCCAAAAAGUUAGGAAUGUUAGACAAGGAUGAAUUGGAUUCUAAGGGAAUGCCGUUGAGUGCACGUGCCGUAUUCAUUAUUGACCCAAAUAAGAAGUUUAGAUUAUCUAUACUAUAUCCUGCAACUACUGGGAGAAACUUUGAUGAAAUACUGCGUGUGAUUGACUCCCUUCAGCUAACUGAGAAGAAUAGAGUAGCUACGCCAGUAGAUUGGAAGGUGGGUGACGAUUGCAUGGUGCUCCCAGUUGUUCCUGAUGAUGAGCUCGAGAAGUUGUUCCCUCAAGGUGUAAAUGUGGUCAAGGUGCCGUCUGGAAAAUCCUAUUUGCGAAAGACUCCUUGUCCCAAAGUGUAG